AUGUUGAACAGAACCCAAGCUAUGGCUGGAAUUAUAGGUAACAGAAGUGCUAAACCACGGUUAUCUGAUGAUGCUUCAGCUAUGUCAGCUAUUUGUUGUACUGCAAAAGCAGGGUUACAGGCUCCGAGGGUUGAGAAUAUUGCUCCUGCAAGUGCUGUUCCUGCUAUGGAAGUUGAUAGUUUGGUGUUUUCUGUUGUGGUGGUUUCUUUUGAAAGAAGGUUCUUGAGGGAGAGGAGUGAAGUGGGUUUUGUAAUGAGUUUUGUUGGGUUGUGGAACUUUGGUGAAUUAGGAGUGUUGAAGCACUUUGUGUUCAUCAUGGUCAUUGAGAUUAUGGUUGAUGCCAUUGUUGAUGAAUGUGUGAAAGUGUUUGUGUUGAGAGUGUGA